AUGUCUUCUUCCUUUUCCGAAGAUUCAGAUGAGAAUUUCUCAAUUGUUGAUGAAGAUGAAUAUCGGAAAAAUAUGGGACUCGAGAGAAGUAAAUGGAAAACGUGAGUAGAGGAACUUUUAGAGAUUAUAAAUAAGUUUUAAUUUAUUACAGGCUAGGAGGAGUUGAUAAACUUCAAAAAAUAAGUAAAUCGAUUCACGCAUUGUCGCAAGAAUUUCGCGAAAAGUUAGCGGAAAUCGGAGAUAAUUCAAGAGAGCAAUUUCCAGUUUUUGAGGACGAUGAGAUCGAGGUGGAAAUCAGGAGAAAUGUGAAGAUCCAGAAAACCGCCGCGAAAUUCGGGCAGCUUUUAUGGCCGGAUUUUUUUGCGAAACUAAUUGAGGAUUCUGAAGAAGAAGACGCAGUUUUCGAAGACUGGGAUGUUGCUCAUCUUAAAGAAUACAUCGAAAAUCACCCAUUUUUAUUCAAAGAUUGGGAUCGAUAUUAUUCCCCAGCAAAUCGAGAAUUCCAUUAUUAUUUAUUCGUCAAAUUCCUGGCCAGGUUUUUGAGAAACAAUGAAGAUCGCAUAAGAUUCGAUAAAUUAAACGAUAUUUUACACAAAACUCAAAUUUUCCGACAUCGCGGAUCGCUGGAAAUCCAAGAAGAUUUGGCUGGAAUUCUUCUAACUAAUCAGAUCUUCUUUGGUGUGGAAGAGGAAGAUCAACAAGAUGUUAUAAUUCUAAAAUCAGAAGCAGCUCUUGAAAAUAUCUCACUUUGGGAGGAAUGCGCAAUCGAUUUGGUGCGUGGCAAAGAUGAGAGUGAAAAUCUAGAUUUGAGUCGGAAAUGUGUGGUUUUCGGAAAAGUUGUGAAUUUCAAUCGUUUCAAAGUCGGCGUCAAAAUUCUCAAAUAUUUCGCUCUACUCGACCCAAAAACCACCUAUAUUUUCAUCGAACUUUCGAAAUUCGCGAUAAAAGAAGCGGAUAUUGCGGGAAUUUUUGAAAUCGGUUCCACAAUUUUGUGCGAAGUUUAUCGAGUUGGACAUAUCAAUCAGAAUUGUAAUUAUAUUUGCACUAAUUAUCGAAUACUUUGCGAUACUGAUCAACAAUUUGAUGAUUUCCCAUUUUGCGAUUUUGUGGAAGAAAAUGAAACUGACGAAAAGCUAGAAACCCAGCUAGAAAAUCUGAAAUUACAGCAGCAGCAGCCAGAAGUUCCCGAGAAAACCCUGAACUUGAAAUCAAUAAUCGAUCAAAGUUUAGAAAUCGGUGGAGAAGUUAGUGCAUUCGAUAUUGUCUCAAUAUUAGAAGGUUAUGGUUUUGAAUACGCUGAAGUUCUCAAUUUUAUUCGUGAACAACCACAUUUCUAUGAGAUUUCGGAUGAUGGUUGUAAUUGUAGAUUACGCGACAAGGAAAAUGUAGAGAAAUUGGUGAAGAUGGUGGAGAAAAUGGUGGAGAAUGAGGGUGUGGAGACGGAAAAUAUUGAGUGAGUUUUUGCUGAUCACGAUGUUUAAAAUUGCAAAACUCAACUCCUAAUAUGAGUUAUGACGUGGAAAAACGUGUCAAUAUCCGAUUUUCCAAGGCUAUAACUUUGAAAAAUCAGAAACCGUCUUCAAAACCGAUGGAUUUUCGGACAAAAAUCGAUAUUUGAGCAUUAGAGCGCAUUUAAUCCUCCGAAUUCAAACAUUCUCAUGUGAAAUUCAGAAGCAAAUGCGCUCUAGUGAUAAAAUAUCCCAUUUUCAGUGGAAAAUAAAAAAUGAUUGUAAAAUCAGGAAUUUUCAACUUUGCCACGUCAUAACUCAUAUUAGAAGUGAAGCUCUGCAAUUUUGGAUAGCGGAAUUGUGAGUUUUCAACUCCUAAUAUGAGUUAUGACGUGGCAAAGUUGAAACUCUCUAAUUCUCUUUUUUAAAUAUUCAAAAAAUUAUGUAUUUUCAUUGAAAAUUAGAUAUUUUAUCACUAGAGCGCAUUUGCUUCUGAAUUUUAAAUGAGAAUAUUUGAAGUCGGAGGAGUAAAUGCGCUCUAACGCUAAAAUAUCGAUUUUUGUCUGAAAAUCCAUCGGUUUCUGAUUUUUUCAAAGUUAUAGCCGUCUUGAAAAAUGUUAUAGCCUUGGAAAAUCCGGAAUUUUUCAAACUUUGCCACGUUAUAACUCAUAUUAGUAUUUUUUGAAGUCAGCUAACAAUAGGCUUGAAAAAUCCGGAAUUUUUCAAAUUUUUCCACGUCAUAACUCAUGUUAGGCCAAAAAAUCCCAUGUUUUUCCAGAAUUGGUCUACCCGAAAAAGAUUUCCACGAACUUUGGCCAAUCAUUGCUGACAAAUUCGAAACCACAAGCGAAAAUGAGAAAGUUUUCAUUCGACCCAAGCAAAAAUUUGUUCAAGGAAUUUUUCUAUAA